AUGCCUCUGAGACGCAACCAAGGGCGUAAUUUAGAUGACAGGCGGGAAAAUACUCCCCCGCCACCACCGCAACCCGAGAGGAGAAUCGAAGAACUUUUCCUUAGACAAAAUCCACCCGGUUUUAGUGGAACUGGAAGUCCACAAGAGGCGGAGGACUGGGUUAGAGCCUUGGAGAGGAUCUUUAAGUUCCUCAGGUGUAAUGAUCAGGAAAGGAUGUUGUGCAUGUCCUUCCAGUUAACCGGAUCAGCCGACUACUGGUGGGAAGCACGACAGAAGACCCUGACACCCGAGCAAAUAGAGAAUUAUUACACCUGGGAACAAUUUAAGACUACGCUUUUCGAGAAGUACGUACCGAGGAGUUAUCGCAAGCAGCGAGAAGCUGAAUUUGCAAAUCUGAAGCAAGGGAAGAAAUCGGUUGCAAAGUAUGACCGAGAAUUCUGUGACUUAUCACGUUUUGCUCCACAGAAGGUGGACACUGAUGAGAAGAUGUCUGAGCUUUUCUGCGCCGGUUUGAGGUAG